AUGGAUGUGAGAGUAGCCCACUGCCUGCUCCUUUGGGCUGUGCACUUCUUCCCAGCCGCACCACGCACCGCUCUCAGGGGUCUCAGUAAGGAAUCAAAGACUGGUAAUCAGCAAGAUGGCUGUAUAAAUCUCAUUCCCUGCAAAGAUAACGGAGCUAUUUGUAUCCAGCCUUGUUUUCACUCUUUCCACGGGGAGACAAGAUUUGUCUGUGAAGACAGAAAGUGGCAAAUGUUGACAGACGCCUGUGCAAACCUGGAUGUUCAGUCGCUUUUUCAGAGGAUUUCUGAACGUGAACUCCUUCCAAGCUCUGGAGGACAUGUGAGUGUUGCUGGAGGACACCUUCCUUUUGUAGGCAAAGGAAAGCCCGUGCAUGGGAAGCCUGGAGAUGGAGCGAAAUAUUUUGGUGCUGAUGACCAUGGGAAUAGUAACUGCCAAGCUGACUUUUCAUGCAUCAUCCCAGAUAUCCUCUCUUCACCGGCCAUUCCAGGAAACAUCGCUGAUAUAGUGGAAUUGCUAAAGAAGAUUUCCCUGCUGUUAUCAGAGAAUGUCAAUAGAGAAAAAAUGCAGAGUUACAGCAGGAUAGCAAACCAUAUCCUGAACAGCUCCAUCAUUUCCAACUGGGCUUUUGUAAGGGACAGAAAUGCCGGUUCGAUAUUACUGGACUCAGUAAAUUUAUUUGCUGGGAAACUGCUUCUAAGAAAUGGGUCGGAAAGCAUACAGGAACACUUCAUCUCUACAAAAGGCUACAGCAUACAUAAAAAUACUUCAGGGAAAAGCUUUGAUUUUUUGAUGCAGUUCAAUAACACAGGCAAUAUCACUGGGCAUGUGGUCAUUCCAGAAGAAGAGCUUUCAAAGUUACCCAAGACUUCCAAAGCCAUCAGCAUUGCAUUUCCAACACUUGGAGCCAUUAUAGAAACCAACCGGUUGGACCCUGUGUUUGUGAAUGGAAUGGUUUUAUCAGUGUCUCUGCCAGAAGAGAUUCAUCAAGUUUUGCUCACCUUCGAAAAGAUGAAUAAACUGGAGAACGUCAAGGCUCAGUGUGUUGGGUGGCACUCUACUGAAAGGAGAUGGGAUAACAGGGCAUGCACAGUGAAGUCGGACAACAUCAGUAGUGUCGUUUGCAUCUGCAAGCAUCGCCAUCGGACAUUCAAAUCGUUCUCCAUUUUGAUGUCCCCCACUAUGCUGCGAAAUGCAGUGCUGGAUUACAUUACACGUGUAGGGCUAGGCCUUUCCAUUUUCAGCUUGGUCCUCUGCCUUAUCAUUGAGACUGUUGUCUGGCAUCACGUUACAAAAACUGAAAUAACCUACAUGCGCCAUUUUUGUCUGGUCAACAUUGCUACAUCGCUUCUUGUUGCUGACGUUUUGUUCAUCUUGGCAGCUAUUGUGCACAAUUCAGCCCUAAACCACCAGCUGUGCGUAGCAGCCACUUUUUUCCUUCACUAUUUCUAUCUUGCCUUGUUUUUUUGGAUGUUUACCCUGGGCCUCUUGAUUCUUUAUGGAUUAUUAUUAAUUUUUUUUAAGAUAACAAGAUCUGCAUUCAUAGCUACAGCAUUCUCUAUUGGAUAUGGAUGUCCCUUGGUCAUAUCUAUCCUCACUGUUGCUAUUACUGAACCCCAAAAUGGGUAUUUAAGGAGUGGAGCCUGUUGGCUCAACUGGUAUGAGACGAAAGCCCUUUUGGCCUUUGUUGCACCUGCUCUGAGCAUCAUUGUUGUGAACGUGGUGGUGGUGGUAGUGGUUGUGGUGAAGACUGGGAGAUCCUCUGUUGGAGAAGGCUGCAAGUCACAAGAUUUGAGCAACAUGAUCCGCAUUAGCAAAAACGUUGCGCUUCUGACACCUCUUCUGGGUCUCACCUGGGGGUUUGGAUUAGCAACAGUUGUCGACAGUCGCUCUCUGGCAUUCCAUGUUACGUUUGCGCUACUGAACGCCUUCCAGGGAUUCUUCAUCCUGUUGUUUGGGACACUUCUGGACAGAAAGACAAGAGAAGCCUUAAGGAUGAACUGCCUUUCAUCAAAGCAGAAGUGUAGUCUAGCAAAGGUAAAGAAAUUUUUUUUUUUCCUUAAUGGCUUGUGCAAAGAAGAAAAGAAUGAGAAGUCAAGAAAUCAAGAAGGACUUAAAGUAAGAGAAAAGGUUGAAGAGGGUUAUCUGAAACAGCUUGAGGACAAAGAUAGGCAGAAAACAAGAGAAGAGAGGGGCUUUGAGGAAUUCUCCAUAGCUAGAUAUGGUGGAACAUGUGGUCCUCAAAUUCCAGUUGUUGGUGGACCAGUGGAGAUAGCCACUUUGCACAAGAUAUGA